AUGGCCACCACGCGGCCGACGAAUAUCGGAGGACCGCAGAAGGCUCCCUCUGCAGCUACUUCACGCAACCCUCCUCUGACGAGUCACAAAUCCAUGAGCCAUAUUGUUGACCGCCAAUCUAAGGCCACGCAGCCAUGCCAAGGAAAGAUGCAGCCUGCGACUCGAAAGAAGGAUCGAAGUGAGAUGCUGAAGGACAUGGAGCAGGAAUGGUCGGACAACCUGAAUGAUCUUAUCAGGAAACUGCAGGCAGUCCAGCGGAGGCGGGUUGCAUACUUCAGCGAGCGACUCGACCACUUUCUGGCAAUGCCAACUUCGACCCAAAGGUUGGUUACAUACUUGACGAGAUCCUGCGACCUGAAGGAAAAAUGGGAUGGGUGAGCGGCAGAGGUAGAGGCUGCGAUAUUUUGGUAUGAAGCGACCAAUUUCCACGACAGUAAAUUCGUGGAGACAUGGGAGCAAGAGUCCGAUUAACUGUUCUGGUAUCACCGCACUGCGCAACUAGUAUGACCGUUUUCAGCUUAGUAACAUAGUCACCACAGUCGAAACACGUAUGAAACGAAGUACC